AUGCCAAAAGAAGAUCCAUCACAUCCACCACCUUUGAAAAGGGGCGAUGCAUGCUUGUAUUGUCGUAAGAGGAGGAUAAGAUGUUCAGCCGAGAAACCGACUUGUCAACAUUGUUCGAAAUCAGGUAGAGAGUGUGUAUAUGAUAGUGGUAAACCAGUUAGUCGAGUUAAACAAUUAGAAGAAAAACUCGCUCAAUUGGAAAACCUACUUCAAGGCGGUGGUCCUGGGAUCGCAUCCGGUAGCAGUAAUGGUGGAGGGGUAGGAGGAUCAAGAAGGGAAAGUCAAGAGAACGGUUCAACAUCAUCUAGACCACCUGCAUUAAAUCAUACUUCUUCAUCAGGUAGUGAAUCGAUACAAAAUGAUUUCGAUAUCGGAAUGGAUUCUCGAAACGAUCCUGGUCCCGGCGAUCAGGCAGAAUCUUCAACUUCUUUCGGAUAUAUAAGUGCUGAAUCAUUUGAUAUAAACAUGUUCGACUUGAUACUGGCUUCUCAACCUUCCGGUUCUGGCUCAUCAAAUGGUUUCGCAAGUUUCGGUGGAUCAUUCUUCAAUAACGGAAAUAUGGGUGCAGGUGCUGAAACUGGCGCUACUCCAAAUUUCGGUUUUCUGAACAAUAAUAAUAACAAUAAUGACAAUAACAACAACAACAAUAGCAACAGUAAUAGCUUUAGUGACAAUGUAGAUAAUAACGGUAAUAUGUCUUCAAAUCAAGGUCCUAGUAUCGAAAGUUUAUUCGAUUUCAAUCUGUUAGAUCCAAAUUACAUGAGUAUGUUAAAUGAGUUUCAAUCUACCUCGACUGGACCUUCACCAUCUACAAUACCCCAGCAACGACAGCAGCCGACACAACUAUCACAACCUCCUCCUCCUCCUCCUCCUUUUCAACAACAACAACAACAACAACAACCAUCUCAAAUAAGCAGUAUGCAUCAACAACCAUCUCAAAUAAGCAGUAUGCAUCAACAACUAUUAUCUGCAUCGCAAAAUGAGAAUUUACCUUUUCAAAUUCCAGCAACGUCUAGGCCCCCCAAAGUACUGUCUCCACCCAGCGCACCCCAUUUCCCACCAUCAAUAAUCAACCCUGGCCCUUAUCCAGAAUCAUAUUUCCUUACCAACGAAGGACCUCUGACGAGUCCUCCCGUAUCAACAUCAAAUAUACUAUAUUCCGAGAUGGACCAGAAGUUCAUUCAGUACAAUCAAAGUACGUUUGUACAACCACCUGCUGAUGCUCAAGAAUACCUGAACAAUAUUCAUGGGUCAAUGGGCUGGGAUCAAUCAUUACAAAAUAAGGUGAGGAGUCAAGGAUUAACACAACAAUCUUUGGCUUCAGCUUCAGCUUCAAAGUCACAAUCACCAAAUACGGGAGCUUUAUCACUUGAAGUCGAUAAAACGAUGAAAAGAUCCUCUGGUCCAUACAUCAGAACUUCCCUCUUACCGGCGCAUGAACAGUCAGAGGAAAUCAAUUCAGAUAUCCAGCAAUCAACUCCGGGUAUCACGGAUCCUUCAACAUCAUAUCAAUCUGCUGGGACUGGAGCUGGAACCAAUGCAUCAACGAAUACGGAAGAAAAAGCUGGACAAGGAUCUACCUUGGUUGGUGGCUGGUUUGACGCUCAUGAUUUGCCAAAGGUCGCGAGGGAUCAUCUACUCGAUUUGUUCUUUUCUGGCAUGAGAUUAUUUGGUCAAGAAUUCCAUGUCCCGAAAUUCAUGGCGAGCUUAACGCUGCCCGCACAUAAACGUCCUCAUCCAUGUCUCCUCUACUCUAUGUAUACUUUAGCAUCCAGAAUAUCCGAUUCCAAUCCCAUCAGAAAUCUUGAACCCCAUUUUUACAAGAUUGCCUCUAGCCAAUUGGAAACAUCAAUUGGAAUGGCUGAUCGUUUAUUAGAUGCUACGAGAGCAUCAACACUUUUAGCAAUAUACAAAUUCAGUAAAGCGAGAUAUCAUGAGGGCUGGAUGAUGACUGGCCAAGCUGCUCGAUUGGCUGUAUCAUGUGGACUUCACCAAAUACCUUCAUCGGUGUUCAAGCCGCCCACUCAAACCGGUCUCAACGCGGAUUUAGUAGGAAUGAUGAGACAUCGAUCAUACGUUUUACCUCCCGCCGUAGAUGCCAUAGAGCACGGAGAGAGAAUAUGGGCUUUCUGGUCCAUUUACGCUACGGAUCGAUGUGGCAGUAUAUCCACUCAAUGGCCCCCUGCCAUUGCGGAUGAAGUGAUCACCACACCUUUCCCUAGACCAUUGCAUGAAUAUGAACUUGGUCUUGUCACCGAACAGGAUGAUCACCAAUCCGUUCAAUCAAUUUACAAACCAGCAAUGCAACAUAAUCCGUUACCUCAUUAUGCCGAAAGCACUUUGAUUUCGAUUCGACUUCGAGCAAUUAGCAUCUUAGAGAGAGCUUCGAAAUUGAUGUACCAACCACCAGAGGAAGGCUGGGAACGAUCACUAGCAGCGUCUACACCUUCGGAUCACAGUUCACCUUCAUCCAACAUCGAUGAUUACCUAUAUACACAGAUUGGUGUUGCAGCAGGAUUUGUCAAUGUUCAGAAUAAAAAUGGCACUUCUACAUCAACACCAGCAUCUGCAUCAUCCAAUCGAAGUAAAGAAGGUUGGACAAGAACAGCACGAAUCAGAAACGCAAGAGCGUAUGAAGAAGUCAAACAAGCUUUAUUGAAAAUCGAAAGUGAUUUACCACCUGAAUGGAGAACUGAAUGGUGGAAAUGGGAUGGCAAAGUACAAGAAUGGCAUUUUGGUAAACCAAGAAAAGAUGUAAUAACUCUUCAUUUUGUCCUUGGUUGUGCUUGGAUGUUCCUUUACGACGUCUUCUCUUUCAGCGCCGAAAAUACAGAUGCAGUGAAUGUAGCUCAAAGGUUAACAGUAACUGUAAAAUUCGUUUCAAGGCAAGUCAUGAGUAGUGAUCUGGAUGUUUUCAUAGCUAUGACAUGGUCAUUCGUUUCCAAGAUAUUGAUUAGAGAAAUGAAGAGAUUACAAUCUUUGGGUGAUAUAGAUGGCGCCAAUGCUCUCGAACCAGAUAUCCAAACUCUAGUUACAGCAUUACGUGAAUUCGGUCAAAGAUACACCAUUGGUGCAAUGCAAGCUAUGCGUACUGAACGUUAUAGGAAAUCUACAAAAGAAGAGAUGGACCUCUUGUACAAAGCAGAUGAGGAUGAGCUUGAGAAUAUUUUCUUACAGGAUAUGACUUCGGAAGAUCAGGAGUAG